AUGGUGGGCAAGUUCAAAGCCCAAGACUUCUUUGGCGAUGGUUCCUUCUACCUGCUUGAGGCUCCGGGCCACCAGCCAGAGCACAUAUGCGGUCUCGCCCGGACCACGCCGUCUUCGUCCCCGGAGGGAGCCACCUUUGUCUUCCUGGGCGGUGAUAUUUGCCAUUUCGCGGGCGUCUUCCGGCCGUCCGAGGAUACUCCGCUCCCGGAUGGAAUUCCCGCCUCGGCCAUUGCAUUGCGUAGAGAUUGGGCGUCAAAGGCCGUAUGCCCAUGCUCCCACUUUACCCCCCAUCAUCCCAACGCGUCGGACGAGAAAUUGGCUUCGACCACGCCCUGGUAUGAGCUACCUCGUGGGGGUAAACAUCCCGUCUAUACAGACAUUGACCUGGCUACCGAGUCGGUUGCAAAGAUGCGUGAGCUGGAUAUUAAGGACAAUGUAAUGGUCUGCAUCGCGCACGACGCAAGUCUGCUGGAUGUGUUGCCGGCCUUCAACAAGCAGCCAGAGAGGGACAUCAAUGACUGGAAGACGAAAGAAUGGAAGGCGACGACCUACUGGAGUUGGUUGAACGAGGUGUCCGUGGACGGCAAGACACCACACGAACCGGUGGUGGAGGGCUUUUGGAGGGACGGCAAGAAGUGGGAUUACGCGGGAUACUUGGAGACUCUUAAGUGA